UUUCACGGACGAGUUAGAAUCAAUCGUCGAAAGAAAGCAUCAUUGUUAAAUAUUAGAAGUGAUCUCAAGUAUGGGAGACAGCACAGAAAACAAAGCUCAAAAACUUGAAGUAACCAUGGACAUCGUUAAACACAAAAGCUGUCAACUCUCUCAAGUAGAUGAGAGCAACGAUAGUAGUGUACAACAAAAUUCAUCCAUCUUAACUACCAUCCAUGCAGGCUAUUUCAGGAUAACCCUUUCUCUGGGGGCCCAAACUCUGUUAUGGAAGAUUCUUAGACUCACCACAGAGGACUCUAACCAAGCUAUCCAUCACUUAUUUCGAAUGUUUCCAUCUUUUGCCUUUCUCUUGCUUUGGGCACUCUCUGUUUUCACAUUAGUUUCACUCUCUUUUCUCUACGUUCUUAGAUGCUUCUUCCAUUUCAACACGGUGAAGGCAGAGUUCUCGCACCACAUAGGAGUCAACUACUUGUACGCUCCAUGGAUUUCAUGGCUUCUUCUGCUUCAAUCCGCGCCUGUCCUCGUUCCUACAACCCUUUUCUACCAAGUCCUCUGGUGGCUAUUCACGAUCCCUAUAUUGGUUCUCGACCUUAAAAUCUAUGGACAGUGGUUCACUGCCGAGAAACGGUUCCUGUCGAUGGUGGCGAACCCAACCAGCCAGAUUUCUGUGAUGGCGAACUUGGCUGGAGCCUUGGCUGCAGCCCAGAUGGGGUGGAAGGAGAGUGCGCUUUUCAUGUUUUCGCUCGGAAUGGUACAUUAUUUUGUGCUUUUUGUAACUCUUUAUCAGAGGUUAGCCGGGAGGAGUAGGUUUCCUGCUAUGAUGCACCCUUCAUUUUUCUUGUUCUCAGCUGCACCAAGCUUGGCCAGCUUGGCUUGGUCCUCUAUCAGUGGAGCUUUUGAUACUCUUUCCAAGAUGCUCUUCUUUCUCUCAUUAUUUCUCUUCACGUCUCUGGCUUGUAGACCAGCCAUGUUCAAGAAAUCAAUGAGGAGGUUCAAUGUCGUUUGGUGGGCUUACUCGUUCCCGCUAACCUUCAUUGCUCUUGCCUCUUCAGAGUACGCAGAGACAGAGAAAGGUCACAUAGCUUCUGCGCUAAUGCUUGCGUUGUCAAUGCUUUCAAUGUUCGUCUUUCUUGGGCUGAUGAUGCUCACAGCGAUGAGAACCCACAGUCUUUUGUGCAGAGGCACUGCUGAGUUUUACUAAUGAUUUAAAGAAGAAAAUAUUAGUAAGAACUUGGGUUAAUAAGAGACCGUAGAGUGAGUUCGUCUAGAUCAUCAUCGGGUGAUGAUGUGAUGUGAUUGGGGAAUAAUGCUUGCCGUGUAGAACAUUAUUGUAGACGACUAGGGUAUGGCAAUAAUUUCAAACUUCAUAUAGAUGUUAGAAAGCGGGAAAGGGGAAAAAAAGGUUGUAAUAGCAAACCAGUCGUGAAA